CGAUUGGAAAUCAGGUCAUUUCCUUCUAUUUUUGAGGUUCUCUGUUUGUUUGUCUACAUACUGGAUCACGCAGCGAUGACCACCGAGACGUCCCAGCAACAGCUGGAUCCACCGCCUCCUCUCCGCUCGAGUCCCGUGUCAACCGGAUCGCUUCACUCGGCGCUCCAGAGCUCGACGGCGGCAGGGACGACGGCCGGCGCCAAAGCCAAAAAGUCCAACUCGGGCAUGAGGCGUCCGGAGAAGCCGCCGUACUCCUACAUCGCCCUGAUCGUGAUGGCCAUCCAGAGCUCGCCCACCAAAAGGCUCACGCUCAGCGAGAUCUACCAGUUCCUGCAGGCGAGGUUUCCCUUCUUCAGGGGCUCCUACCAAGGCUGGAAGAACUCGGUGCGCCACAACCUGUCCUUGAACGAGUGCUUCAUCAAGCUACCCAAAGGCUUGGGCAGACCGGGCAAGGGCCACUACUGGACCAUCGACCCGGGCAGCGAGUUCAUGUUCGAGGAGGGCUCGUUCCGCCGCAGACCGCGCGGCUUCCGCAGGAAGUGCCAGGCCCUGAAGCCGGCCAUGUACCGCGUGAUGAACGGCAUCGGUUUCGGUGCCCCAGUGCUGCCCCAGAACUUCGACUUCCAGUCGCCGCCCGCCUGCCACGCCAACGGCUACGGCCUGGACGCCAUGGCCAACGGCUAUGGCUUGGACGCGAUGGCCACCGGAGCGCCGCACCACGUGUCUCACGUGUCGCCCGGCCCGGGAUCCGCAUACAUGACGGCAUGCCAGGUGACUCCAGGAGGAGAGUACGGCCCAGCGGACAGCAGCAGCAGCCCACUGCAUUCCUCCACGACCGUGGCAGGGGCUCUGGAGUGCCCCUCCGCGCACUGGGCUUCGACCGGCGUGGCCCCCUACAUCAAACAGCAGCAGCUGGCCUCCAGUAGCAGCAGCAGCCCGACCUCCUCCGCGCUGCACUCCGGCAUGUCCACCUAUUCACUGGAGCAGAGCUAUCUGCACCACAGCGGCAGGGACUCGACCGAUAUAGCAGUGGGAAUACCUCGCUAUCAGACGCAUUCUUCUCCAGUCUGCGACAGAAAAGACUUUGUGUUGAACUUUAAUGGCAUCGCUUCUUUUCAUCCGACCGCCGGCGGCUCCUACUACCACCAUCAUCAUCAUCAGCUUCAUCACCAGGGCGUCUGUCAGGACGUGAAGCCGUGUGUGAUGUAGGACGGGGAGGGAAAGCCAGAAAUCGGCCACAGAAAGUGGACUGAGUGUUGGAGCAGGUCUGGUUUGCAUUUCUUGGCCUUUUGAAGCCUCCGUUUGAGGGACAUGUCGAAGAUGCCUCCAUUUCCAACAGACUGAGGACACUCGUCUCAGAGUAUAAGUUAUACAAAGUGAUGGAGUAGGCAAAACAUGGGCCUGUGUUUUGGAUUUUAAUACUUUAUAGCAAUGCACUCUUUCUGGACGGUUCUGUGGUUUCUACGCAUAGACAAAUUACCACUUGGGAGCAACGCUUAGAUAUAAUGGAGGCGGGAGGGGUAGUUUAGAGCACAUCAACAACCCACUUUUGAUCAGCUCAUUUAUAUUACGUUCACUCUAGAAAAAAAUAAAUAAAUAACAAACUUUUGAUGACCUGGUUGCCUCAACAGCAGAACAGCUACUGUAAAUUUACAGAUCUUAAUGUUAUCUGAGUCAAACUGGGCAGUUUAAUUCGACUUGAUAAAAGAGGGGAAGCUUGCGAUUAACAAAAAAUCCGAUUUUUUACAGUGAUAUGAAAUGAUCACACGUCUCAUUUCUGGUAUGAAAAAGGUUUUAUCAAUAAGAGUGAAGCUGAGAAAGUGAAAUAAGGGACGUUAAAAGAGUAAAACGGAUGGAUAUAAAGCUCCCAUACUGCAUAUAAAAAAUACCCAAAA